GUGGGGGGAGCGUGAGGUCGUCGCUUCCCGUGCUGGGGAAGGUGGGGGGGGGAACCCCGACGGCGCGGACCGACAUGUUUUACCACAUCUCCCUGGAGCACGAGAUCCUGCUGCACCCCCGAUACUUCGGCCCCAACCUGCUCAACACCGUGAAGCAGAAGCUCUUCACCGAGGUGGAAGGCACCUGCACGGGGAAGUACGGCUUUGUGAUCGCAGUCACCACCAUCGAUAACAUCGGGGCCGGGGUGAUCCAGCCGGGCAGGGGCUUCGUGCUCUACCCUGUCAAGUACAAAGCUAUCGUCUUCAGGCCCUUCAAGGGGGAGGUCGUGGACGCCGUCGUGACUCAGGUCAACAAGGUGGGCCUCUUCACGGAGAUCGGGCCCAUGUCCUGCUUCAUCUCUCGGCAUUCUAUACCCUCUGAGAUGGAGUUUGAUCCUAAUUCGAACCCCCCGUGUUACAAGACUGUGGAUGAGGACAUCGUGAUUCAGCAGGAUGAUGAGAUCCGCCUGAAGAUCGUGGGGACCCGGGUGGACAAGAAUGACAUCUUUGCAAUCGGCUCCCUCAUGGACGACUACCUGGGCCUCGUGAGCUGAGGGAUCAUUUCCUUCAGGCUCCGUUCGGCUCGACAGCCGGGCGCGAUUCAUUUGUGGCUCCCCGGAAGAGACGGGUGUUGCUGCUGUUGGGAAGACAAAGGAGGGUCAUGGGAACCUUGCUUUCCGUGCCCUUACCGCUUCAGUUCUGGACUCUCCAGACUCGGUGGACUUUUGCCAUCUCGUUUUCUUGAUAAAGUGGCUCUCGUGAAAAU